GUCUCCUCUUUCGAUAAAGAGGCGUUCUUAACCUUGUAAGGCUUGUUUAUAUUUUUUCCGGCAUCAUUUGAUAUUUAAUGUAUAUUUGAAUAAUUUAUUAUAUUUUGCACCGCGUGAUUACGAAAAAAUUGGAUUAAGGUGUGAAUGAAAUUGAUUGAAUCUCAAAACGGAUUUAUAGGUGUCCUAUAAUUCGAAAAUAAUUGUAAAUACAAAUAAAAGGCGCAAUGACUCCUCCGAUGGAAAGAAUUCAGAUUUUGGAGGCUAUCGAAAAGGAUAUUGUAAUGUGUUUGCAAAGUGCGGGACAAGCUUUACAGGAAUUGAGUAAAGAGAAAUGCAGCUUAAAACAGGCAGAGUCGCAAACACAUCAAUUUUUAAAAACACUGGGACAAUUGGAAUCUAAGUUGAGCGAACAAAUUAAUUAUCUUACACAGGUUUCAACAGGUCAACCACACGAAGGUUCCGGAUAUGCAAGUCAGAAAGUAUUACAAAUGGCAUGGCACAGAUUGGAACAUGCACGAAGUAGAGUUAAUGAAUUAGAGCGUAUAAAAAAUAAGUUACGAUGAGUACACAAUUUUUCUCAUAACUUCAAAUAUUCAACUGUAAAUAUGAAUAACAUUGAAAUAAUUUGUGACAGUUCUUAUAAAUACAAGUUUUUUGAGUAAA